GCUUUAGGACCCAGAGUCCUCUCAGCUUUCUGUCAGAGACCGGGGCUUGGCUGCUGGGUCUGCUCUGUGGAUCUGGACCUCAGAGGCACACAGAGUCCGAUCAUCCAGGAGCAGCAGAACCAGGACUCCUGUUAGUGUCAUAUUUAAAGAAGAAACAGUUUUUAUUUUUGAUCAGAUGAAGAAGCUGAACAACUCCUCCUCUUCCUCACUCAGCUGUCAGCAGGUCCUCUAAGGUUUCAUGAAGUCCAGGUCUGUGCAGGUCUGAGUCUCAGCCCUCCUCAGGUGGAAAACAUCGGGUUUCUUCAGGAUGGUUCCAGGCUGGGACGUCCUGCAGAUAACAGGAGGUCAAAGGUCACGCAGGACUCUUCAGUGACUCGUGGUUCUGGAUCAGUUUUUGGGUCUUUUGUAAUGAUGGGGAACUCAGCUGGAAGUGCAGAACUCCCUCAGAUGAAGGACGUGAAGGAGGGGAAGAUAUCUGGACCGGGCUCCACGUUGACCCGGAAACCAACGGCAGGACCCAAGACCCCCAUGCCCCCUGAGGAGGAGCUGGAGGAGCGGUUCUGUGCGGUUCUGAACACCAUGAAUCUUCCUCCAGACAAGGUGAAGAUUCUGUCUCAGUACGAGAACGAGAAGAAGUGGGACCUGAUCUGUGACCAAGAGAGAUUCCAGGUGAAGAAUCCUCCGUCGGCUUAUCUGGAUAAACUGAAGAGCUUUCUGGAUCAUGGAGGAAACAGCCGAAAGUUUAAGAGACGUGUUCACGAGUCCACGCAGGUCCUCAGAGAGCUGGAGAUUUCCCUCAGAACCAACCACAUCGGCUGGGCUCAGGAGUUCCUGAACGAGGACAACCAGGGUUUAAACGUUCUGGUGGAUUAUCUGUCCGUUGCUCAGAGUGCCGUCUCGUCUGAGACAGAGACCUGGGACAACGGGACGCUGCCCUCAGACAAAAACAAGUCUUUAGAAAAGUCUGUGGAAGACGUGUCCAGAAGUGCCAGCAACUCCCCCACAUCCAGAGGGGCAUUGAGCAAAGGCUUCACCCUCAGGAGAGGUCAGAGGAGCUCUCAGAGUCAGAAAGACGACGUUCAUCUCUGCAUCAUGUGUUUACGAGCCAUCAUGAACUACAGGUCGGGGUUCAACCUGGUGAUGAAACAUCCAAACUGUGUCAACGAGAUCAGCCUGAGUCUGAACGACCGGAACCCCAGGACCAAAGCUCUGGUUCUGGAGCUGCUGGCGGCCGUGUGUUUGGUGAGAGGGGGCCAUGACAUCAUCCUCGCCGCUUUCGACAACUUCAAAGAGGUUUGUGGGGAGAGACGUCGCUUCGAGAAGCUGAUGGAGUAUUUUCAGAACGAAGACGACAACAUCGACUUCAUGGUGGCCUGUAUGCAGUUCAUCAACAUCGUGGUGCACUCGGUGGAAGACAUGAACUUCAGAGUCCACCUUCAGUACGAGUUCACCCAACACGGUCUGGACCAGUACCUGGAGAGGUUAAAGUUCACGGAGAGCGACCAGCUGCUGGUCCAGAUCCAGGCCUAUCUGGACAACCUGUUUGAUGUGGGGGGUCUGCUGGAGGACGUGGAGUCCAAAGCCAACCUGGUGGAGCACCUGGAGGAGCUGCAGGAGCAGAACUCGCAGCUCAGCUCCAGGCUGCAGGAGGUGGAGAAGGAGGCGAUGGAGAAGGUCUCUGAGCUCCAGAAGAAACUCCUUCAGACCAACAAGGAGGUGGAGCUCCUGAAGGAGAACCUCCAGGAGUCCGCGUCCCGGCUGCAGAACCAAAACCUGGACCCAAUGGAGCUGGGGUCUCUGGAGGCCCUGAAGGAGCUGCAGCAUGGGGUUCAGGUUCUGAUGGAGCAGGGUCUCCUCCGAGUGCAGCGGUCCCCCUCCGGGCAGCUGGAGGUCCAAAUGAUCCACCAGGAGAGCCUGAGAGGUGACAAAGAUGACGCUCCUCCCUCCUCUUCCUCACAGCCUUCAUCUGAAGCUCCUUCAAACUCAGAGAUGCYACAAAUCCCUCCUCCUCCUCCUCCUCUUCCUCCUUUAGCUCCGCCUCCUCCGCAGCUUCCAGGAAGUGAUGCGACGCAGCCAAUGGACAGAACAGGCUGUAAACAAAAGAAACCCAUCCAGACCAAAUACCGGCUGCCGCUGCUGAACUGGGAGGUUCUGAAACCGGACCAGGUGUCGGGGACCGUCUUCAGCGAGCUGAACGACGAGCUGGUCCUGCAGGAGCUGAACAUGGACGUGUUCGAGGAGCAGUUCAAAACCAAGGCCCAGUCCCCCCCUGUGGAUCCAGGGACGCUGAAGAGGAAAAUGACCCCCAAGUCUCCCAGUAAAGUGUCUCUACUGGAGCCCAACCGGGCCAAGAACCUGGCCAUCACUCUGAGGAAAGAGGGAACGUCGGCGUCGGACAUCUGCAGCGCCAUCGAGAGCUACAACCAGGAGGCUCUGAGUCUGGACUUCCUGGAGCUCCUGCAGCGCUUCGUCCCCACCGAGCAUGAGAUGAAACUCAUCCAGAACUUCCUGGCCCAGGGCCAGACCCUGGACCAGCUGAGCGAGGAGGAGCGCUUCAUGGUCCGCUUCGGUCAAAUCCCCGGAGUCUCCGACAGGAUCAGGACCCUCACCUUCAUGGGGAACUUCCCUCAGACGGUUCAGAUCAUCCGGCCGCAACUGAACGCCGUCAUCGCCGCGUCCGUGUCCAUCAGGUCCUCCCAGAAACUGAAGAAAGUCCUGGAGCUCAUCCUGGCGUUUGGGAACUACAUGAAUAGCAGCAAGCGCGGCUCGGCGUUCGGCUUCCGCCUGCAGAGUUUAGACGUGCUGCUGGACACCAAGUCGACAGACCGCAGGCAGACGCUGCUGCACUUCAUCGUCAGAACCAUCCGGGACAGGUACCCGGAGCUGCAGACCUUCUACAGCGAGCUGAACUUCCUGGACAAGGCCGCGCUCGUCUGGUUGGACAGCGUCCUCCAGGACCUGCACGCUCUGCAGGAAGGCAUGGAGGCGAUGAAGACUCGGGUGUCUGCAGAUGAAGGUCGUCCCGUCCUGCAGGACUUCCUCAGCAGAAACUCACAGCUGCUCGACGCUCUGAUCGCCGAUGGAAGAACCGCUCAGGAAGUCUACGAGUCGACCGUGAAGUACUUUGGAGAGGACCCUAAAACCAGCCCCCCCUCCAUGUUCUUCCCCGUCUUCGUUCGAUUCGUCAAAGCCUUUAAGGAAGCUGAGCGGGACAACAAACACGUCCGGGUCUCUGAAGGUCCACCCAGACCGGAGGUCACAGGAAGCCAGGUUCUGUUGAAGUCCAGACCGCCUCAGAUGGAUCUGAUCGCGGAGCUGAAGAGGAGACAGGUGUCCUCUCAGGUGAGGGAGGAGAAGGACGGAGCCAUCGAGGACAUCAUCACAGAUUUGAGGAACCAGCCCUACAGACGGACCGACGGCGUCCGGCUCAGCUCCAGGUGGAAGCAGGGACAGAAGCUGCAGGUUUCCUCCGACAUCUCCCUCUGAGCGAGCAGCAGCUUCCGGUUCUGACCGGAAAAUGUUUUAUUCAUCAGAUAUUUAUUCUUCUUGCACUUUUUAAAACACUGACGAUUCUUAAAUAAAAAACAUUUUGUACCGCGGCGGCUUCUGAGUCUUAAACUAAAGGACGUCAUCAUGAUGGGGGCGGAGCUAUCAUUUCAUUACAAAUUAAAGGACUUAAAGACUUAGUUUUGAAGUUGCCAUGAUGAACAGUCAACUUGAAAAAAUUAACCAUUUAAUUUCCAUUUUGAGCUUUUAAUCCAAACACUCAACUUCCUGUUUCUGACCAAUCAGAGAACCUUCAGAUGGUAAAUUGUUCUUCAGCAACACAAAAUAUUAACCUCUGAAUAAAAACUCAUUGGUUUA